AUGAGAGAGAGCUCUGGUUCUUUUGUGAACGCUACACAUCCACGUACGUUCAAAGGGAUGAGAGAGAGAGAAAGAAAGAGUUUUCAUACGAAUUCCAUGCAUCCACGUCUAAAGGGUCGUUUAGAGAGAGAGAGAGACUGUGUCGUUGGCUUUGGUGAAUGGCAUGCAGCCACGUUCACCGACGACCGGUGACACAACCCCCACAUUUAGCGGCGGAAAUUUCCGUCCACUCGUCCUCCAGGGAUUAGGUUUCUCAAUGGGCCCGACGACCGGCGACAUAAUCGUGUACUUUCCUUCCGGUCUCGCCUGUCUUUACCAAACUACUCAACGCGACUUGUCCAUCUCUUGGAUCUCUCAAUUUGACAGAUAUCGUCUUUUAUGAGUUUCACGCGGUCUGAGAACUUAGAGCUCAGUUAGAAGCUAAGCUCUCAGAAGUUGUGGAGUAAGGCGCGCUCUGUUGUCUCGAAAUAGCAGAGAAUGGAGAAGCCUCUCUUGGGCAGCAGCCAUGGCGACGUCGGCCUGUGGGGCAGGUCUCUCAUAGAGAGCAGGAAGCUUUGGCACAUCGCCGGCCCUGCCAUCUUCACCUCCAUAUGCAACUACUCGCUGGGCGCCCUCACCCAGACCUUCACCGGCCAGGUCGGGAAGCUCGAGCUCGCUGCCGUGUCUAUGGAGAACUCCGUGAUUGCCGGCUGGGGAUUCGGCUUCCUGUUGGGAAUGGGGAGUGCCUUGGAGACGCUGUGUGGGCAGGCCUUUGGUGCUGGGAAGCUGAAUAUGCUAGGAGUUUACAUGCAGAGGUCAUGGCUCAUUCUCUUCUGCACGGCUUUGCUAUUGACUCCUGCCUACGUCUUCUCCGACCACCUUCUAAAGCUUAUUGGGGUUCAGGACGACAUCUCUGAUCUCGCAGGGAAGUUUGCAAUUUGGAUGCUACCUCAGCUGUUUGCCUAUGCUGCAAAUUUUCCAAUCCAAAAAUUCCUCCAAGCCCAGCAGAAGGUCAUGGCCAUGGCUUGGGUGGCUGCGGUUGUUCUUGUUAUCCAUGCAUUCUUGAGCUGGCUCACGAUCAUCAAACUCGGCUGGGGCCUUGUGGGUGCAGCAGUAACACUCAACCUGUCUUGGUGGCUGGUUGUUUUUGGGGAGUUCGGCUACAUAGUGGUCUGCUGCACUGAUACUUGGACUGGCUUCUCAUGGUUGGCUUUCAGGGAUCUGUGGGGAUUCGUUAAGCUCUCUUUCGCUUCAGCAGUCAUGCUAUGCUUGGAGUUUUGGUAUCUCAUGGUGCUCAUCGUGAUCGUUAGUUACUUACCAGACCCGCUUGUACCUGUGGAUGCUGCCUCCAUAUGCAUGAACAUCAAUGGCUGGGAUGCAAUGAUUGCGAUCGGAUUCAAUGCUGCAAUCAGUGUGAGAGUGUCAAACGAACUGGGAGCAGGAGAUUCAAAUGCAGCAAAAUUUGCAGUCUGGGUAGUCUCCGUGACCUCUGUGGCAAUUGGGGUUGUCGCCAUGAUCAUUGUUUUUGCUACCCAAGAUGUCUUCCCUGUCCUCUUUUCAAAUAGCUCUGCUGUCCAGAAAGAAGUAACCAGACUCGCUGGCUUGCUUGGAAUCACUGUGGCACUUAACAGUCUACAACCAGUUUUAUCAGGUGUAGCUGUUGGAGCUGGAUGGCAGGCCGUGAUUGCUUACAUAAACAUUGGAUGCUACUACAUUGUCGGAUUGCCUGCAGGCAUACUUCUAGGAUUCACUCUCAAGUUUGGUGUGGAGGGUAUCUGGGGAGGGAUGAUUACUGGCAUAGCUCUGCAGACACUAAUUUUGAUUGUCAUCACUGCCUCCACUGAUUGGGAGAAAGAAGCAUCACAAGCAGAGAGCCGUGUGAGGAAGUGGGGUGGAUCUCUGGAAAAUGGAAAUUCCUCUUCGCAAAAGAACCAAGUUACAAUUGCCUGACCACGGAUGCCAGGCUAGCUAUUUGGUUUUCUCCACCAGCACCUCAGUUUUGGAGCACCGUAGAUUCUUCCAUGAGGGCAGAAAUUGUCCAAUCCUUCUUGAAUUAUUCUUCCAAUAUUCUCUUUAUUGCUUGGCAAUAUGUAAAGGCUUGGGCUUUCUUGCUAAUGCAUCAAAGUACACUCUGGUUAAGCCAAAAUCCGUGGAGUCCACUUGGUUGUUAACUAAAAUUUUGUAUUUGUGGGCAGAAAGGAAUUUUAGAUGAGAGUUUUUCCCUUUUCUAUAAAGGUUAAGAUCUUUUCUUUGAA